AUGUCUUCUGUUCUUGAAAUUGCAAACGUCCAAAGUUUUAAUUUUCCUGGUAAGACGUAUGAACAACCUAUCGGUUUGUCAAUUUACAAGUUGAUGCCUUCAGAUGGAGGUCGCGUGAAGGUUUUCUCUCCUUCUACCGAAAAGCUCGUUCGCGAAGUUUUUGCUGAAAAAGAAGAUGUCGAUGUUGCCGUUAAGGCCGCUCGUGCUACAACUUGGAAUAUCUUGCUUCUAUUGAAACUCUUGACAAUGCUCUCUGGCUUCCUUCCUAGUGUCAUUAACAUCCUUAGCGGUGAUGGUCGUCGUUGCGGUAAUUCCAUGGCUUGCCAGAUGGAUAUUCACAAGAUUGCCUUCAUUGAUUCUACCGGUGUUGGCAGUAUGGUAAUACGUUCUGCUGCUGCCUACUCUCGAACUCGGUGGUAUCUUCUAUAUACUUAG